AUGCCACUAACACCGGAAUUGGAGCAACGCAUGACGACUCUCCACGGACAACUCAGCGUUCGACUCCCUCGUUAUAUGGUCCCCACCCUGCUUAUUCCCUGUCGAUUCAUGCCAGUCAUCACGUCGACGAAGAUUGACCGGAAGAAAUUGAUACAGCUGAGUGCCCAACUUGACGAGAAAGCGCUAACCGCCUACUCACUUAGCAACAGUAAGAAGAACCCACCACAGACUCCCAAUGAGGUCUGUCUCCAAGGCAUCUGGGCCCGCAUCCUCAAGGUCAAGUCCGAGUCCAUCGGCCGCGAUGAUAGCUUUUUGCGUAUUGGCGGCGACUCCAUCGCGGCGAUCCGCUUGGCAUCUCUGGCACGCGAGGCCGGCCUUGAGGUCAAAGUCCAGCAUGUAUUUGACGAUCCUCGACUGAGCGCCGUCAGCGAGCGGGCCGUGCCAUUGGGAGAACAGGAUGACGAUACCAGCGCACCGAUCACGCCGUUCAGUCUGCUCGAGCAGCCUCACAGGUCAGCCAUCGAGGCCCAGGCCGUGGCACACCAUGAAGGGUCGAACGGAUAUGCAUCGCUCCGCGUCCAAUGUGGCCUACCCGACGAUAUCGUUAUCGAGGACGCCUAUCCCUGUUCCAAGCUUCAGGAGGGUCUCAUGGCUAUUUCCGAAAAGGAUCCUGGCACUUACAUCGCGAGAUACGUCUACAAGGUUCCGACAUAUGUAGACGUGGUCAAGCUCAAAGCCGCUUGGGAGCAGAUACUGUCUAUUUGCGGUAACCUUCGUACCCGCAUUGUCUUCUACGAGAACAGGCAUAUCCAGCUUGUUGUGCAGAACGACACAGAAUGGGAUUCAUCAAUUGGCUCCGACCUCUCCAGCGCUGUCCAUAUUUCUCGGACUGCCAAGAUGUCGUACGGCUCGAAACUCUGCCGCUACUCUCUCACCACGGCCGACGACGGCAGCCAUUACUUCGUAUGGACGUUCCAUCACGCCAUCAAUGACGGAUGGACUAUGCGCUUAGUGAUGGACUUGCUCCAUCAGACCUACCACGACAACGUCUCACUGAGUAGACCCCAGCCAUAUUCGCACUUCAUCCGUUAUGUGAACAACAUGGAACAAGACACCGGCUUGAUCAACUACUGGAGAGAACAGCUACGCGGCGCCAGUCGUGCCAGCUUUCCGUCCCAGUUGGCCGUCCACCAGGAUCGCUCGGUCCAUUCUUUCAAGAAAGCCAUCGACUUCCCCCCUUCCAACCACUUCUCAUCCGCUACAAAAGCCACCAUCCUUCGUGCAGCCUGGGCAGUAGUCCUUGCACGCUACUGCGAAACUGACGACGUGUGCUUCGGGACGACCGUG